UAACUCGCCCGGCGGAACCGUCGGACGCUGCUGCUACUUACGGCUCCUUGCUGGAGCCGCUUGGACUCGCUCCGGGUCCCCGUCCCCGCGCGCCAUGGGUCCCGCGCGGCGGAGCGUCCCCGCAGCGCUGCGCUUCCUGGGCGGGCUGAGCGUGCCGCUGCUGCUGCUGCUGCUGCUGUGCCCACCCGCCGCGCAGGGUGACUGCAGCUUGCCCCCAGAGGUACCUAAUGCCCACCCAACUCUGAGUGAUCGUGAUCUUAAGAGUUUUCCUGAAGGAACCACAGUAACAUACAAAUGUAAUGAAGGCUUUGUAAAAGUCCCUGGCAAGCCAGACUCCGUGAUCUGUCUCAGUAACAAUCAAUGGUCGGAGGUGGCAGCAUUUUGUAACCGUAGCUGCGAUGUUCCACCCAGGCUACGUUUUGCAUCGCUCAAGAGGUCUUUUAGCAAACAGAAUUAUUUCCCCGAGGGUUUCGUUGUGGAAUACGAUUGCCGUCCAGGCUACAGGAGGAACCAAACUCUCUCAGAGAAACUAACUUGCCUUCAGAAUUUUACGUGGUCCACACCAGAUGAAUUUUGCAAAAAAAAAUCCUGUCCUACUCCUGGAGAUAUAGCACAUGGUCAUGUCAGUAUAACAACUGACAUAUCAUAUGGUGCAUCUAUUUCCUUCUCGUGUGACACAGGGUAUAGGCUAGUAGGUGCAACUUCUAGUUACUGUUCCCUUGUAGACCAGGGUGUGGAGUGGAGUGACCCGUUGCCAAAAUGCGAAGAAAUUGUUUGUCCAGAACCACAAGAAAUUAGCAACGGAAGCAUUCAAAAUCCACGGAAAACCUAUGUGUAUCAACAGUCUGUAAAAUAUCAGUGUAAUCAAGGCUUUACCCUGAUCGGAGAGAACUCUAUUUAUUGUACUGUCAAAGAUGACCAAGGAGAAUGGAGUGGCCUGCCCCCUGAAUGCAAAGAAAACGCCCAGAUUUCUAAGGGCAUGCCAGCAGUUCAGAAGCCUUCAAUGGCAAGUGUUCCAAGUACGAAAGUCCCAUCAGCUCCUCAGAAAACCACCACAGUGAAUGUUCCAGGUACUAAAGCCCCAUCACCUCCUCAUAAAGCCACCACAGUGAAUGUUCCAGCAAAACAGAGUUCAGCUGUUGUUCCCAGGGCAACCACACACUUUCGCUCAACAAGCUCACAUAAAGGAAGAGGAACUCUUUCUUCAGAUGCUAACAUCGCUGCAAUUGCUCUUAUUACAUACAUGAAAACAGAAAAGCAUGCAGUUGUCUUUCGUAAUUUCACCGUGAUUGGUGAUACCUCAGAAGUCAAACCUCUGGUCAGUUCUAAAAGGACACACAUGUAUAACAUUGACAGUUUUGCUUAUGACGCUAGUAACCGUCGGCUAGCUGACUUAGCCGAAGAAGAGAUCAGAAGAAAAUAUACACAAGUGUGCAGAAUAUUUCUAGUUUCUUAGAACCUUGUGGAGGAAUGGACACAAUAAAUGUAAUAGUGCUCGUCAUUUUUCAUGUUAUCACUGUCUUUACGGGGCGUAGGAAAAUCAGUGGAGCAGGUCUGUCCUGAACCUCUUGAAAAUAGAACCACUUGCAAGAUUUAGAGUGAUCACUUUCCUUAAAGCGUAGGAAAGUGCAGAGGUUUGUUCACGCUUAGAACGUGAACGUGAAUGUGAAGGAAAUAAGUGAGUUUUUUCACUAGUUGUGUAAUGUUACUUUUGUUUACAAAGAAAACUAAAUAUUAAAAACAGUGAUUGGAUAUUGAAGACAAAAAACCGCAAGUCUCUUCUGAGCAGACUUGCCAAAGAGAGAUGAACUGUAUGGUAAAAUAAUUCUUGACUAUUAGGCAUUGUCCUGUUUUCUUAUUCCAUUAUGAUGAGGCUGAAGGCGUUGGCAAAAUUUUUUAAAGGAAAAAUAUGCUAAUGACCCAAGAGCAUUGAUUUUUCUGGGGUUAGUUGGUGGAAAUGGGGGAACACAGAAUGAAGAAGUAAUUCUUUGGCUAUCAUUUUGUUUAAAAACAAUCUUUUUUUUUUUUUUUUUUUUGGAGAAAGACCCCUGUGAAAGGUUGAAAGGUAUCUUCAUUGACUUAAUGUCUUUAAAAGUAUAUUACAAUAUUAACAUAAGAGUCUAUAUUUCUGAAGUAGGGGGUGUUCAUAGCCAAAUCCUAAAUCUUAUUCUUUUAUAAUAUUAAGAUUAAUUUAUUUAUAUUUAUUCAUGUCAGUGAACGCAUUGAUUUUACAUGUAUAGCAAGAAAAAUUCAAGAAGAUAUGUAAAGAAAAAUUUAUUUUCCCUAAAUGGAAAUAAAUAAUGGAUUGCAUUUUUGUCUCAUGUAGUACUUGAAAUUUAUUUUCUUAAAUAUAAAUAUUUAUUUCUAAAUAGGAGAUUAUUUUCCUGCAUCUCAUAAGUACUUAAUAAUGCUAUCAUUUGGUUCUCCUGGUGCGAAACAUUUUCAGUUACUUUUAUUUACUUAUUUAUUUAUUUAGAGAGCCAGCGUGAGUAGGGGAGGGGCAGAGUUAAUUUCUUUUAACAUUUUUUCAUUUUUGAGAGACGGAGAGAGACAGAGCAUGAGCCGGGGGAGGAGCAGAGAGAGAGGGAGACACAGAAUCCAAAGCAGGCUCCAGGCUCUGAGCCGUCAGCACAGAGCCCGAGGUGGGGCUUGAACUCACGGACCGCAAGAUCAUGACCUGAGCUGAAGUUGGUCACUUAACCGACUGAGCCACUCAGGCACUGAGAGAGAGAGACAGAGAGAGAGAGAGAGAGAGAGAGAGAGAGAGAGAAUCUUAAGCACGUUCCACGCUCAACACAGAGCCUGACUCGGGACUCGGUCUCAUGACCCUGGGAUCAUGACCUGAGCCAAAAUUUCAGCAAGAGUCCCAUGCUGAACCAACUAAGCCACCCAGGUGCCCCUUAAGUUACUUGUAAAUUAUGCCAUAUUGUACUACCUCAAGCAUGUCAUAUUCUCAUAUAAGAGUUGUGUCACUUGUUAUUAAUUUACCUAAGGACAAUCACAUUAAUUUCUAGAUGAUUAUCCAUUCUUCUCAUCUUACCGAUUACGUUUGAAGGGCUGGAAUAGACUAGCAUAUACAUAUAACUAAAGUUAACAAUAAUUAUUUUGCCAUAUUGCUUCAUCCAUUUUGUUGUUAAAGUAUUUUAAAGUAAACGUCAUAUGCAUCAUGGUAUUUCACUAUAAAUACUUCAAUAUGAUUUCUAACAAGAAGGACAUGUAUUCUACCUAACCACAAUCAUCACAACUAACGAGAUUAACAAUAAUUUCCUAAUAGCUUCUAAUAUUAGGAAAUUUUUUGAACUUUCCUAGAAGUUCUGCAUGUAGCCACAUAUAGCUACUAAUCCAUUUGUUUGUUAAAUAAGAGGGCCUGCUCCGCCUACUUUGUGACAGUUUGGUGCUUCCUGGGGUAGCAGCGAGCAUAACAAUGAUUCAGUUAGAAAAACACCUGAGCGCCUACUAUGUGCAGGUCACCAUGUGCUAAGUGUGUGCUUACCAAGAUCUACAACACAGUGGCUACCCCCAAUUUGCUUAGGUUCUAUCACAGGAAAAGCAAAACUAACACAGUGAGAGAAAAAGUGUAGAAUUACGAAUAUUCCAGCAAUCACCCGUACAGAAUACAGGGAGUAUCUAAGCUAUCUUUGCUACACGAGCGCGUGGUGGGCAGGGAGGCGUUCGAGACAGGAUGUGAAUUAAGGAAGGACAAAUAGAUGAGAUUCACAUAGCGGGAAUGGAAAGUGCAAACACAGUGCGCCCAAAGUAGGAAAGGCUCACGGAGAAGACUUGUGUUCGGUGGAGAAGUAAAAAUGGUAAGUUCCGCAUAAUUAUUCUGUGUGAUUAAAGUGGAAUCAAUGGACACAGGUUUAUAAUAACAGGCAUUUUAGAUAUUGGGAAAUAUUGAACUUCAGCAAUACCAUACACUGAGUUAACCUUUAUAUCUUAUUAUUUAGAUAAAGGUAAAGCUGAAAAAAUAUUUAAUAGUUACCUUGAAGAAAAUAAACAGUAGGCGUAUUGGGGCUAAUGGCAUUUUCUUACAGGAUUUAUAACUACUUUGUGUCCUGUUGUCAUGAACUUGAAUAAUUUUAUGCUUUUUCCCAAGGUAAGCUCUCCUUUGAGAUGAUACUUUGAUUGCAGAGAUGGUAUUGCCUUUACCCUUGACACUGUUGCUGAUAAUCCAUGCAGGAAAUUAUACUUGCUUAACACAGAAAUUUGUGUAGUUUAUUUAACCUACUAUCACUACCACGUUUCUUAGAACACUUAAAUAUUUUUUGUCUUAUCACACCCUCCUACUUUUUGUUGGUGAAUGCCCAAGGUGGAAAUGCCUUUUUUUCUACUCAACCAACUUGAGCGUCCCCUCCACCCCCUUGCCUAAAUUAAAAAACAGCUCCCUCCAUGGGGCGCCUGGGUGGCUCAGUCGAUUGAGCAGCUGACUUCAGCUCAGGUCAUGAUCACGUGGUCUGUGAGUUCGAGCCCCACCUCGGGCUCUGUGCUGACAGCUCAGAACCUGGAGCCUGUUUCAGAUUCUGUGUCUCUCUCUCUCUCCCCCUCCCCCACUCAUCCUCUGUCUCUCUCUCUCAAAAUAAAAUUUAAAAACUUAAAAAAAAAAAAAAAAGUCUUCCUCCCUAAAGUCAAUGCUUCUUUUGCAAACUAGUCCAGUGGUGGCUGGUUCAUUUUCAUGCUCCUUGUUGUCUCAGUGUUGAGAAGUGGUGGUAUUCUUUUCCUUGCUUCCCAUUGCCUCUACUUCAUCCAUCUCAAUAUAUUCCUUAAAUUUUCUUUUAGUGUGUAUCUAUUUCAGAAAGAGAGAGAGAGAGAGAGCAUGAGCCGGGGAGGGACAGAGAGAGGGAGACACAGACUCCAAAACGGGCUCCAGGCUCUGAGCUGUCAGCACAGAGCCCCACUCGGGGCUCGAACUCAUGAACUGCGAGAUCAUGACUGGAGCUGAAGUGGGAUGCUUACCUGACUGAGCCACCCAGGCGCCCUUCCCAUAUAUUCUUUAAAAAGUGUAUCUGUUCUUUACUCUGGUAGGACAAUUUACUAAUAUAUUAAGUUUUUUUCCCUAUAGUUUUCCCUUUCUCAACUCCAAGUGGGUAGCAAAUUUUGGUCUUCCUUGCUCUAGGGGAACAUCCUGACUUCUGGGAGCAGAACCACUAAAAGACAUCUCUCUUCCUUGCUGUUCUCUGAAAUUCUAUACUCUCAUCAUAGACUAACUAAGCUGGUGGGGCGGGGGGCGGGGAGGUAGAAACAGAACCAGGAAGAGGGAAGAUUCCUGUGAAUAAUAAGACAGAUGUUGCUAACAACCUCAAAGUCUCUGAACCAGGCAUCCUGACAGCUUCUGGGGUGAAAAGGUAAGGACUCAGAGGUACAUGAUGGGAAGCAUAAUGUUAUAUUUUGAAGUUGAGACUAGCAGGAUUUGUUAAAGGAUUAGGUGUGCCGUUAAAAAGGCAAGAAAGGAAUUAAGGAUGACACUAAGAGUUUUAGCCUGAGCGACAGAAAGCAGGGAGGUUGCACUUACUAAACCUUAACUCCCUUGGGGAAGACUUCUGUAACAGAAAGGUCAGGAGUUUGUGUUCCUAUAUGUAAGUUUGAGAUGCCUUUUGGGCAUCAAAGUAGAGAUGUUGUAUAAGUAGUCAAAAAUACAAAUCUGGAAUUCUGAAGCGGGGGUCUAGGCUUGAGAUGUAUAUGUGGGAGUCAUCAAUAAGAGAAUAUGUGUCAAUGAACCCAAGUGAUGAAAGCAAGAGGAAGACAGAUUCAGCAUUAAGGUUUACGAUAUGGACAUCAUUGGUGGCCUUGAGCAAAGCUCCUUCAGUACCGUGGUUGUGAGUCAAAGCCUAGGUUAAGAGGCCAAAAAGCGACUCGGACAAGAGAGAUUAAAGAUGGCCAAUGCAGGUGAAUACAGACAACUUUUUUGAGACGUUUUGCAGAAAAGUUUGGGCAGAGAAAUGUUCAUUGGAACAUACUGCGAGCUUAAGAAACAUGCCAUUUUAAAAUAUGGGGAGAAGUAGAUCAUGGUAUACGCUGAUGGGUAUGAUGCAGGAGAAAGAAGGGAAGAUUUCUAGCUCUUGAGGAGGCGAGAGGUAAUUGACUCCAUCCGGAAAAGUGGUAUAAUUAGUGGUCAAGAGCAUGAAUUAUGGAGACAACCUGCCUGCGCUCAAAUCAAACUCCCGCCAUUUAACAACUGUGUGACUUCAGGAAAAUUCCUUGCCUGUGUACCUUAUUUAUCUAUCUAUAAAGUGCCUUUCCAUCUGUGAAGUGGUGAUACAUAGGAUGCUGCGAGAAGUAAGUUAAUAAACGUAAAGGGUUUAGAAUAGUGCCAAUCACAUAGGAAGGGCUCAGGAAGUUUUAGCUGUUAUUAGUGCACAAAUGGAGAGCCUGGCCUUAGAUAGAAGUAGAUAGAGCAGGUCAUCCAUAGUUAAUAGGAAGGAAAGUAGCAUAUAAAUGUUCAUCUGCAGAAGCGUGUGGGAUGCCACGGUGGCAACUUCUGCAAAUUUCCUUCUACUUUUUUAUCGACAUAGAAAGCAAGGUCAUCGCAAGUAUGAAGUAUGUGAGGAGGUGUUAUACAUUUGGGGAGAGGAAGAGAAGGAAAAGACUGGAGAAAUUUAGUAAAAUUAGUGGGCGAGUUGGUGUGAGUGCUCGUGAAUCGAGACUGCAACCAUUGAGCUUGGAGUGGCCCAGACAUCUAAAGAUGACGGCAGGAAAGAAGGUAGCAGGUGAUGUACUCUGAUGGCAUGAGAUUCGAAGGAAAGGGCUUUGUGGUGAGGGAGGAGGGAGAUUGGCCUACAAGUAUCAAUAAUGAAAAACAUAGAGCACCAAGUUCACAUCCAGGCCUGGUAAUAUGUGGAGUGAGGGAGGUCAACAAGAGAUGCUGUUGCCCUACCAGAGAUUUGUGUGCAAGUUCAAGCGCAAUGUACAUUCCUCUUCCACUCCUUGUUAUCAUAAUCUGUCUACUUUCCCAUCCCUCACUCAUGUUUGCUGAGGGUCUUCUACACGUCGUACAUUAAAUAUACAUUAGAUCUGUCUGCUCAGAAAUCCUAGGUGCAAUGAGACUCCAGAACUAGAUUUCUAAAUAUCAUCGUCCAAUAAAAUAAAUCCCAGUUCCUUGGAGAAAAAGGCCGAUACUAGUGCUGGGGCAGGGAAAAUAGAAGAUGACCCUGAGACAUCUUGUAGUAUCUGAAAUUAAUGGGUUCAGAAAAUAAAUGCUCAAAAAAUGAUGGCAACCUGUCAAAAGGACUCAGAAGCCAGCUUGAACAAGCUCCUUUUGACCAAAUCUGGGACAAUUAGAAAAAAAAAAUAAUGGGGGCGCCUGGGUGGCUCAGUCGGUUAAGCGUCCGACUUCGGCUCAGGUCACGAUCUCACGGUCUGUGAGUUCGAGCCCUGCGUCGGGCUCUGGGCUGAUGGCUCAGAGCCUGGAGCCUGCUUGGGAUUCUGUGUCUCCCUCUCUCUCUGCCCCUCCCCCGUUCAUGCUCUGUCUCUCUCUGUCUCAAAAAUAAUUAAACGUUAAAAAAAAUUAAAAAAAAAAGAAAAAGAAAAAAGAAAAAAAAUAAUGGCAAUGGAUUAUAAUACAUAGGAAAAAAGUGGAAACUUGAGUGCAUGCUGGUAUAAAUAAAUAAAUGGGAAAGAAAAUUCCUUUUUUUUUUUUUUACAGCAGAAUUCCAAUGAAUACAUGUACAAGGAACGAUUUAACUAGAAAAUCAGCAUUUGGCAGCCCUCGUUGUAACGAUACUUUCAGGCAAGAAUCCUCAAUGGAUUCUGCAAUUGGUGAGUGAGGGAAAGCCUGAUGAGAAAUAAGAGAAGUAUAUAGUCUCCAAAUUUUCCUCACAAGACACAUUACAAUAACUUCCUCACAAGUAACUUUAUAGUAGAGACACUAAUUCAGCCAACUGGUCAAAAUUAACAUUCCCAGUAAUGGACAUGAGGUUCCUGGGGUAUUUCUGCCAAACAUUGCAUAAUCUGGAUCGAAUUAUGAGGGAGCACCAGAAAAAAAGUAAUUUGAGGGACAUUUUUACAAAAUGGCCUGCCUGUGCUUUUCCAAAGCAAUGAGGUCAUGAAAAUCAAAUAGAAGAAAGAAAAAAAUGAAGAUAAAUGUAAAAAAUCAUUGAAACGGAAAACAGAAAAAUAAGAGAAAACCAAUGAAACCAGAAGUUAGGUCUUUAAAAAACAAUUGACGAACUUCCAUUUGGCUGGUAAAGAAUACAGAGAAAAGACAAAAAUCACCAGUAUUAACAGUGCAAUAGAAUACAUCACUCACUACAAAGCCCGGUCAUUAAAAUAAGCAAUAAGAGCCCUCUCAGUGGCUCAGUCAGUUAGAUGUCUGACUUCUGCUCAUGUCAUGAUUUCAUGGUUUGUGAGUUCAAGCCCCCACAUGGGGCUCUCUGCUGUAAGCACAGAGUCUGCUUCAGAUCCUCUGUCACCCUCUCUCUCUGCCCCUUCUCCGCUCGCUCUGUCUCUCUAAAAUAUAUUUUAAAAAGAAACAUUUUAAAAAGAAUGUAUAAAAGAACAAUAAGAGAAUAUCAACUUUAUACCAAUAAACUUAACUUUAUACCAAUAAUUUAACAAAUUAGAUGAAAUGAGCAAAUUAACUUGAAGAUAUUAAUUACAAAGUCUGACCCAAUAAGAAUAGAAAACUUGAAUAGACCUCUAUUAAUUGAAGAAAUGGAAUUUUUAGGGGCGCCUGGGUGGCUCAGCCGGUUAAGCAUCGACUUCAGCUCAGGUCAUGAUCUCAUGGUUCGUGGGUUUGAGCCCUGCGUCGGGCUCUGUGCUGACAGCUCGGAGCCUGGAGCCUGCUUUGGAUUCUGCGGUUCCCUCUCUCUCUGCCCCCUCCCCACUCACGUUCUCUCUCUCUCUCAAAAAUGAGUAAACAUUAAAAAAAUUUUAAAUAAAAAAUGGAAAUUUUAAUUAAAAAUCUUUUCAAAGAGAAUAUUUCAUGCUCAGAUGGCUUCUUCACUGGUAAAGUCUAACAUUUAAGGAAGAAAUUAUACCAAUCCUACACAAACUUGUUCGGAAGGUAAAGAUACUUGCAAACUUACUUUAUGAGGCUAAAGACAUCCCAAGAAAAGAGGACUAUAAACCAAUAUCCCUCAUAAACAUAGACACAAACAUCCUUAAAAUUUUAGCAAAGCAAAUCCCACAGUAUAUAAAAGAUUUAUGGUACAUCAUGAUCAAAUAAGUUUUUUCCAAGGAGUAAAAUGUUGGUUUAACAUCCAAAAAUCAAUCAAUGUAAUUCACAUACUCAUAAAAUAAGAAAGAAAACCACAUUAUCAUUUCAGUAGAUGCAGAAUGAGCAUUUGAUAAAGUCCAACAGAAAUUCAUGUUAAAAUCUCAGCAAACUAGGGCACCUGGGUGGCUCAGUCUGUUAAGCGUCUGACUUCGGCUCAGGUCACGAUCUCAGGGUUUGUGAGUUCGAGCCCCGCGUUGGGCUCUGUGCUGACAUCUUGGAGCCUGGACCCUGCUUCGGAUUCUGUGUCCCCUUGUCUCUCUGUCCCUCCUCCACUUGUGCUCUGUCUCUCUCUAUCAAAAAUAAAUAAAUGUGAUUUUUUUUUUAAUCUCAGCAAACUAAGAAGAGAAGGGAAAUUUCUUAAUCUAAUUAAGGGCAUCUUCCAUAAACCUACAAAUUUCAUCAUACUCAACAGUGACAGGCUCAAUGUUUUCUACCUAAGGACAAGUCAUGGAUAUCUACCCCUUCUAUUCAACAGUCAUUUGGAGGUUUUAGCCAGUUCAAUAGGGAAGAAAAAGAAAUGAAAGUCAAUGAACUGGAAAGGUAGAAGUAAAGUUGUCUUUAUUGGCAGAUGGCAUGAUUAUGUACCUAGAAAAGAAUCUACCAGAGCUAAUAAGGGAAUUUAGUAAGGUCACAGGACACAAUGUUAAUACACAAACAACAAUUUUACUUUGAUAUAUUAACAAUACACAGUUAGAAAAUGAAAUUUUAAACUUUUUUUUUUUUAACGUUUUAUUUAUUUUUGAGACAGAGAGAGACAGAGCAUGAAUGGGGGAGGGUCAGAGAGAGAGGGAGACACAGAAUCGGAAGCAGGCUCCAGGCUCCGAGCCGUCAGCCCAGAGCCCGAUGCGGGGCUCAAACUCACGGACCGCGAGAUCGUGACCUGAGCUGAAGUCGGACGCUUAACCGACUGAGCCACCCAGGCGCCCCUAGAAAAUGAAAUUUAAAAACAACUGUUUCCAAUAGCGUCCAAAAACGUGAAAUAUUUAGAGACACAGUCUUUAAACCAUGUCAAGAACUCUACAAAAAUUAUAAAACUUUACUGAGAGAAAUUAUAGACCUAAGUAAAUGUUAUGAAUUAGAAAUUAAGGAAUUGUAAAACUAAGUUUCAUGUCUUCAAAAAGCCAAUAAUGUUAAGAUAUCAAUUCUCCACACAUCAAUCUAUAGUCCCAGCAGGGAUUUUAAGAAACUGAUCCUAGAAGUGCCUGGGUGGCACUCAGUCUGUUAAGAGUCCCACUCUUGGGGCCCCUGGGUGGCUCAGUCGGUUAAGCAGCCGACUUCGGCUCAGGUCACAAUCUCGCGGUCCGUGAGUUCGAGGCCCGCGUCGGGCUCUGGGCUGACGGCUCGGAGCCUGGAGCCUGUUUCAGAUUCUGUGUCUCCCUCUCUCUCUGCCCCUCCCCUGUUCAUGCUCUGUCUCUCUCUGUCUCAAAAAUAAAUAAACGUUAAAAAAAAAAAUUAAAAAAAAAAAAGAGUCCCACUCUUGAUUUCAACUCAGGUCAUCAUCUCACAGUCUGAGAUUGAGCCUCAUGUUGGACUCUGCUGGGCAAGGAGCUGGCUUAAGAUUCUCUCUGUCCCUCUCCCUAUGCCCCUCCCCUGCUUGCACACCCUCUCUCUCUAAAAAAAAAAAAAAAAAAAAAAAAAAAGAAAAAAAAAAGGAACUUAUCCUAAAAUUUGUGUAGAAAUGUAAAUUUCCUCUCUUAACCCUGUUUUCACAGUUGUUUUUUUAAAAAAAUCAGAAAAGUAAAAUCUAUAUUUCUCCCAGUCCAUGGAAGCUAGGAGUCUAGUUGGGUCUACCAUGUAAAAGCAGUCAUAUAAUAUUUGGCAGAAGAUGGCAUAGAGACAAAGAAGCCUGAUUCACCCCAAGUGGGAACAAUUAAGAACAGAUACGUCAAAAAGAUUUGUGGAACCCUUCCUCACAGCAGUGUUCUAUACUCUCUAUCUGACCAAUUUAUAAAUAUCUUAACUGGCACUGGAACGAGAUUCAUUGUUAAAUUAUCUUCCACAGCACUUGGAGCCCUGCCGGCCCAAACAUGUCUAUCUACAGAAUAUCAGUAAGGAUUUAGGAAUUCCGUAUGCUCUGCUUUCCCCCUGAUUCCUAUAUUGUAAGUCUCAUUACAGCCAACACCAUUGGUCACUAGUAUUGUGGAUCUGCCCCAGGGAGGUUGCUUUUUAUUCGUUUAUCUCCCUGGUCACUUCAGAAUGACCGUGAAUGGAGGUCGGGGGCUCUGUUCUCUUUGACACGUACAGCUUUUGCAGCCCACUUACUGCCCAUGAAAUCUGGGGCACCCAAAGGCUUGAACAGCCAAAGUUUUUCUAAGUCCAAGAUCUUUUUUUUUUUUUAAAUAAACUCAAAAUGGUUUAUUUAUUUUUUUAAGUAUAUAAUGACAGCAUUUUAUUUAUUUAUUCAAUAUAUGAAACUUAUUGUCAAAUUGGUUUCCAUACAACACCCAGUGCACAUCCCAGAAGGUGCCCUCCUGAAUAUCCAUCACCCACCCUCCCAUCCCUCCCACCCCCCAUCAACCCUCAGUUUGUUCUCAGUUUUUAAGAGUCUCUUAUGCUUUGGCUCUCUCCCACUCUAACCCCCUUUUUUUUUUUUUCCUUCCCUUCCCCCAUGGGUUUCUGUUAAGUUUCUCAGGAUCCACAUAAGAGUGAAAACAUAUGGUAUCUGUCUUUCUCUGUAUGGGUAAUUUCACUUAGCAUCACACUCUCCAGUUCCAUCCCCAUUGCUACAAAAGGCCAUUAUUUCAUUCUUUCUCAUUGCCACAUAGUAUCCCAUUGUGUAUAUAAACCACAAUUUCUUUAUCCAUUCAUCAGUUGAUGGACACUUAGGCUCUUUCCAUAAUUUGGCUAUUGUUGAGAGUGCUGCUAUAAACAUUGGGGUACAAGUGCCCCUAUGCAUCAGUACUCCUGUAUCCCUUGGGUAAAUUCCUAGCAGUGCUAUUGCUGGGUCACAGGGUAGAUCUAUUUUUCAUUUUUUGAGGAACCUCCACACUGUUUUCCAGAGCGGCUGCACCAAUUUGCAUUCCCACCAACAGUGCAAGAGGCUUCCCGUUUCUCCACAUCCUCUCCAGCAUCUAUAGUCUCCUGAUUUGUUCACUUUGGCCACUCUGACUGGCGUGAGGUUAUAUCUAAGUGUGGUUUUGAUUUGUAUUUCCCUGAUGAGGAGCGACGUUGAGCAUCUUUUCAUGUGCCUGUUUGCCAUCCGGAUGUCUUCUUUAGAGAAGUGUCUAUUCAUGUUUUCUGCCCAUUUCUUCACUGGGUUAUUUGUUUUUCGGGUGUGGAGUUUGGUGAGCUCUUUAUAGAUUUUGGAUACUAGCCCUUUGUCUGAUAUGUCAUUUGCAAGUAUCUUUUCCCAUUCCGUUGGUUGCCUUUUAGUGUUGUUGAUUGUUUCCUUUGCUGUGCAGAAGCUUUUUAUCUUCAUAAGGUCCCAAUAGUUCAUUUUUGCUUUUAAUUCCCUUGCCUUUGGGGAUGUGUCAAGUAAGAAAUUGCUGUGGCUGAGGUCAGAGAGGUCUUUUCCUGCUUUCUCCUCUCGGGUUUUGAUGGUUUCCUGUCUCACCUUCAGGUCCUUUAUCCAUUUUGAGUUUAUUUUUGUGAAUGGUGUGAGAAAGUGGUCUAGUUUCAACCUUCUGCAUGUUGCUGUCCAGUUCUCCCAGCACCAUUUGUUAAAGAGACUGUCUUUUUUCCAUUGGAUAUUCUUUCCUGCUUUGUCAAAGAUUAGUUGGCCAUAUGUUUGUGGGUCUAGUUCUGGGGUUUCUAUUCUAUUCCAUUGGUCCAUGUGUCUGUUUUUGUGCCAAUACCAUGCUGUCUUGAUGAUGACAGCUUUGUAGUAGAGGCUAAAGUCUGGGAUUGUGAUGCCUCCUGCUUUGGUCUUCUUCUUCAAAAUUACUUUGGCUAUUCGGGGCCUUUUGUGGUUCCAUAUGAAUUUUAGGAUUGCUUGUUCUAGUUUUUACAUUCAGUGUUAUAGAAAGAUACAGGUUUAGAGUCAUUGUGAUGUCUGUAUGUUUUAUGCUUGUAGCGAUGUCUCUGGUACUUUGUCUCACAGGAUCCCCCUUAGGAUCUAUUGUAGGGCUGGUUUAGUGGUGACGAAUUCCUUCAGUUUUUGUUUGUUUGGGAAGACCUUUAUCUCUCCUUCUAUUCUAAAUGACAGACUUGCUGGAUAAAGGAUUCUCGGCUGCAUAUUUUCCUGUUCAUCACAUUGAAGAUCUCCUGCCAUUCCUUUCUGUCCUGCCAAAUUUCAGAGGAGAGAUCGGUCACGAGUCUUAUAGGUCUCCCUUUAUAUGUUAGAGCACAUUUAUCCCUCGCUGCUUUCAGAAUUUUCUCUUUAUCCUUGUAUUUUGCCAGUUUCACUAUGAUAUGUCAUACAGAAGAUCGAUUCAAGUUAUGUCUGAAGGGAGUUCUCUGUGCCUCUUGGAUUUCAAUGCCUUUUUCCUUCCUUAGAUCCAGGAAGUUCUCAGCUAUGAUUUCUUCAAGUACCCCUUCAGCACCUUUCCCUCUCUCUUCCUCCUCUGGAAUACCAAUUAUGCGUAUAUUAUUUCCCUUUAGUGCAUCACUUAGUUCUCUAAUUUUCCCCUCAUACUCCUGGAUUUUUUUUAUCUCUCUUUUUCUCAGCUUCUUCUUUUUCCAUAAUUUUAUCUUCUAGUUCACCUAUUCUCUCCUCUGCCUCUUCAAUCCGAGCCGUGGUCGUUUCCAUUUUAUUUUGCAGCUCGUUUAUCGCAUUUUUUAGCUCCUCCUGACUAUUCCUUAGUCCCUUGAUCUCUGUAGCAAUAGAUUCUCUGCUGUCCUCUAUACUGUUUUCAAGCCCAGCAAUUAACUUUAUGACUAUUAUUCUAAAUUCAUUUUCUGUUAUAUUGUUUAAAUCCUUUUUGAUCAGUUCAUUAGCUGUUGUUAUUUCCUGGAGAUUCUUUUGAGGGGAAUUCUUCCGUUUGGUCAUUUUGGAUAGUUCCUGGAGUGGUGCGGACCUCCAGGGCACUUCCCCCGUGCUGUCUUGAAUAACUCGCGUUGGUGGGCAGGGCCGCAGUCAGAACUGAUGUCUGCCCCCAGCCCACUGCUGGGGCCACAGUCAGACUGGUGUGUGCCUUCUCUUCCCCUCUCCUAGGGGCGGGAUUCACUGUGGGGUGGCGUGGCCCGUCUGGGCUACUUGCACACUGCCAGGCUUGUGGUGCUGGGGAUCUGGCGAAUUAGCUGGGGUGGACCGGCAAGGUGCACGGGGGUGGGAUGGUCAGGCUCAGCUCGCUUUUCCUUCGGAGUUCCACUUCGGGAGGGGCCCUUCGGCACCGGGAGGGAGUCAGACCCACCGGAGGGAUGGAUCCGCAGAAGCACAGCGUUGGGCGUUUGCGCGGUGCCAGCAAGUUCCCUGGCAGGAACUGGUUCCCUUUGGGAUUUUGGCUGGGGGAUGGGCGAGGGAGAUGGCGCUGGCGAGCGCCUUUGUUCCCCGCCAAGCUGUGCUCUGUCGUCUGGGGCUCACCAACUCUCCCUCCCGUUGCCCUCCAGCCCUCCCGUUCUCCGAGCAGAGCUGUUAGCUUAUAACCUUCCAGAUGUCAAGUCCUGCUUGCUGUCGGAACACUCUCCGUCCGGCCCCUCCGCUUUUGCCAGCCAGACUCGGGGGCUGCUUGGCCGGCGGGCCGCCCCUCUGCCCCGGCUCCCUCCCGCGAGUCCGUGGAGCGUGCACCACCUCGCCGUCCUUCCUACCCUCUUCCGUGGGCCUCUCGUCUGCGCUUGGCUCCAGAGACUCCGUUCUGCUAGUCUUCUGGCGGUUUUCUGGGUUAUUUAGGCAGGUGUAUGUGGAAUCUAAGUGAUAUGCAAGACGCGGUGAGCCCAGCGUCCUCCUACGCUGCCAUCUUCCUCUAGUCCCUAAGUCCAAGAUCUUAAUUUUCUUAACUACACAAUUCCCUCAAAAACUCAGAAGGCUUCGGAUCUAUUUGCUUCCUGUGCAUACUGUGGGACAGAUGCCUCUGCCAAAUAAUUUACUAAAUUGAAUUCUUUUUCUUUAUGUUUAUUUAUUUCUUUUGAGAGAGAGAGGAAGAAAGAGAGACAGAGACAGAGACAGAGACAAUCUCAAGCAGGCUCCACCCUCAGUGCGGAGCCCAGUGUGCAGCCUGACCUCACGACCGUGAGAUCACGACCUGAGCCAAUAGCAAGAGUCAGAUGCCCAACUGACUGAGCCACCCAGGUGACUCUUUAAAUGGAAUUCUUAAGCCUGAUCUCUUUCUCUGACUCUUAUUCACCAUGUCAUUCUUUCCCUUGUUUCUGCAGGUCUUCUUCAUGGGGGCUUAUUUCCUUAAGUGCCCAGUUGCCUUUGCGCUACUCAUUAGUCUUUGCAAAAUUACUUGUUGGGAUUCUCUAAGGCAUAGGGUGAAGGUACUCUCUCCAGAGAUACUUGGUUUUCCGUCUACCAAAUUUAUUUCACACUAUCAUUUGGGCACGUUUAAAGCACGUUUAGGGCGUGGGGUUUCCUGACCCACUCAGGUCUCGAGAACUUGGGCGGUGAAUCCUUGCAAUGACUGAGCAAUGGUCACAAAUUCCCAGGGUUAAGUGUGUAUAUUUCUAUUCAUUUUUAAUUUUUUCUGCUUCAUUUAACACUAUGGCAACUUUCCCUGCAAUCCUCCAGGGUUGGGUUCAGAAACAGCAAGUUGACUUUUGGUUCAUUCUAAGCCUGAGGGUAGAGUCCUUUCCAAGUCCAGGGCAAAGCUGGGACCACAUCUGGUAAAACUUUCCACCUUGGAUGGGCCUUGGAAAACGACUUCUGUUCCUCUUGCCCCAUGAAAUUAAAAAGAUAAACAUAAGUUUCCUGCUAUCAGUAAACAACCCUAGGGCAGAUUUAAUGUUGUUGCCAAUAUUCUCCCUUUCUUUUCUGGGUUCAGGUUUUCUCCCAGAGUUUUCUCUGGUAAUCCCCACUCUAUUUUGUUGACUUAUCAAUGGGUGUAAGAUAAUUUCUAAUGCUUUAAAUCCAGUUACAUUAGUUUCUCCUCAGAGGGUAAUUAGCCCCAAUUUUAGGCCACCACUAUGGAAAAAUAGAAUUCCUAAGCACAAUGUAUGUUCUUGUCAUAUAUUCCUAUGAAAACUGAAACGUUGAAAGAAAAAAACGGACACGUCAGAAUAAUACAAUAUAAGUAAAUUUAAAAUAUUAAGUCAAAGAAAAAUAUAUACGGUAGACCCUUGAACAAUAUGGGCUUGAAGUGCAAACGUCCAUUUAUAUGUGAUUUUUUACAGGACACUACUGCAAAUGUAUUUUCUCUUCCUUAGGCUUUUCUUAAAUUUUCUUUUCUCUAGCUUACUUAUUAUAAAAAUACAAUAUACAAUACAUAUAGUAUUCAAAAUAUGUGUUAAUUGGCUAUGUUAUUGGUGAGGCUUCUGGUCACCAGUAGGUUGUUAGUAGUUAUGUUUUGGGGCAGUCAAAAGUUACAUGAAGAUUUUCUACUGUGUAGGGAGUCAGCCCCUUACCCCUGCCUUGUUCAAGGUCAGCUGUAAUUUAAAGUGUUUUAAACUGUUCAUAGUUGGGAAACCUGGGUGACUCAGUUGAUUAAGCAUCCAACUCUUGAUUUCAGCUCAGCUCACGAUCUCACAAUUUGUGAGAUCGAGCCCCACAUUGGGCUCUGCACUGAAAGCAUGGAGCCUGCUUGAGAUUCUCUCUCUCCCUCUCUCUCUCUCUGCCUCUCCCCCGCUCAUGUGCCCUCUUUCUUUCUCUCAAAAUAAAUAAACUUCAAGAAAAAUAAAAUAAGAAAAAUGAGAAAAAUAAAAUUUUUAAUAGUUAAAAGCAUUUCAAAUCGUACAAGAAAAUUUUCUCAUUGAUAAUGACCAUCAAGAUUUUCAAAGGGUCAUUAAAGAAUCAUGAUCAAGAAUUAUGUGGUACAUUUCAAGAAUAAAAUUCUAUAUAAAAAGUUAUACAAGGAUACCCUUGUAUAACUUGUAUAGCCACCCUUGUAUAGCCCUUGUAUACCCUUGUAUAGCCUUGUAUAGCCACCAUUGGGUGGCUCUGUGCCUUAAGCAUUCGACUUUGGUUCGGAUCAUAAUCUGAUGGUUCAUGGGUUCGAGCCCUGUGUUGGGCUCUGUGCUGACAGCUCAGAGCCUGGAGCCUGCUUCGGAUUCUGUGUCUCCCUCUCUUUCUAACCCCUCCCCUGCUUGAGCUCUGUCUCUGUCUCUGUCUCUCUCUCUCAAAAUAAAUAAACCCUAAAAUUUUUUUUAAUUUAGACAAAAGCUACAAGAGUGAGAAAGCUGACAUUUCUAAUUUAAAAAUUUGAAAAUAUUCAAUUUGGUAACUUCACAUAUACUCAGUAUACAAGGUCUUUCCUAAUUCUUGUAUUUUUAUUAUUCUUACCAUAACAAUGUGGUAUUUUAAUGUAAUGAAUUUUUUCAUCAUGCCCUAAAUAGGGGCUCCCAGAUACCUUCAGUUCAUCAUAGGAUGACUAAUGUUUUCUAUUCAUGCCCGGAUGUUAAGACAGUUGAAAGUACUGGGAGAGAAAUCAAGACCACGGGAACAUGCUAGUUAAUAAACAUAGAGUGAGCUGGUUUUAUUUUUGAGUAAAGCAAAUAUAAUACGGGUAGGAACACAUGCAGGUAGCCAACAAAUGCCCACAGAGCUGCAGAGGAUUUUUGACUCCACUUUACAUAAAAUUAAAACUACUGUGGCUACACAACCUCCUAGUUGUAGCAAACAGCCCGCAGGGAUUUAUUUUGUGUCACUGGUUACAGGGCACGUAUUCGGACACUCCAGUCUUUCCUAAUUCUUUAUCAGGCUUGCUCUGAUGUUCUGAUCUUCAUACUUGAUCAAAGUCUCCUACUUUUGCCCCUAACGGCAGAACUAGUUCGUCUGUUUCGUCAUACGCUUCAACAUUCUUUAGUGAGGUCAGAUGAAGCUCAGUUUCCUCGCCGAGGCACUAUCCGAGGCAGCUGUUCUGAGCCCCGCAACGCAGGAGAAUAGCAGGACCGGGUCAACUCUGACUUUGAGGAACAUACUUCUCUAGAGAGCGCUAUUAUUUCCACCCACGGUUUAGAGAUUGCUGGGCGCAUAUCUGCUGUAUAAUCCGCUGUGUCACUGGGAUGAGGUGCCAACAGCUGCCUACUUCAGUUUUUAAGUUGUUUGGAAGGUAGAAUGCCUAUGGGAGCCUAAUAGGACUGAUGCAGUGCGGGGGAGGGGGGGUGUUGUAGCCUCAGCUGUGCACAGAGGCAGCAUAAAGACAUGGAGCCAUUUUUUCCUGCAGAAAACUAGAAAGAUUCCCACACCGGAGCUGGCAGGCAAGGAGAUAGGGACUGGGAAAUGGAGCCCAAAUGAGGCUGACCAAUGAAAGGAGCCUCUAUGGAUCAUGAUGCUGGUGAUCCCCCUUCUCUACCCCACCAAGCUUCAGGGCCAUGGGCAGAUGCAGCAUUUGCCUUCCUAUAAACAGGACUGCACCGAGGGUGUGCAAGACCCCAAGCAAUUUUUUUUUUUUUUUGAGAAUCCCCUGUUUAUUACAACAAUCUGGCUUAAAACUGCAUUACAAAAUCCAUGGUCCCUGUGUAAGGUAGAGUCAUUUAUUGAUGGAAAUUUAGAAUACUGGGUAGAGAAAAA